CAGGAGAAGGACGAACUAGACGAAGAAGCUCUCGUCAAAAAUGUCAAACCUCUCAUCGAACAAGCAUACGGUAUUCUUCAGGAAGCUCUCGGUGGUAUCAAGGCGCUCGAUCCAGGCGGAAAGGUUUCUCAGCAGUCGAUGCGCCGGGCAUCUGACCAUCGGGCUCUUCCUGAGGAACAGCAUCUCGCUGAGUCGCUUGCUACGCUCACGGGAGACGUCACCGAGACGAUCGAGAAUGCGAAGAAUACUAUCGACAGCAUGCCCAAGGCUAAGAAGGACCUCGGCCCCAUGUUUGAAAUGCUUGCCCAGCCCCUCAUGCAGAUCAUCUCCGGCGUCGGACUCGUUCUCAACGGCGUCCUC